GGAAUUCAGAGAAGGAAUCAUAAAAAAAACAUCUUAAUAUGGACGAAAUAGAUCAACCCAUCGACGUUGUCUUCGGUGACAGAGUCCGUCGUUUCCAAGAAUUUUUGGACACUCCUGAACAACUGCCAGGAGCCCCCACCUUACGUACUGAGAUCAGAGACAUGCUUUCCAAGGGGAAGUGUCGUUUGGGGGUAUCACUCGAUGCCAUUCGUGAGUUUGAUCGUGAGUUUUGGCUGGGUCUUUUACAAACACCUGCUGAUUAUUUACCUGCUUGUGAACGAGCCUUAAGAGACACCGUGUUGACAAUCUAUGACCCCAAUGACUCACGCUUUGAGCAUGUAGACGACUCACAACCGUUCUAUUUGUCGUUUAAAGGUGCCUUUGGAGACCAUCAUGUCUCCCCUAGAACCAUCACUUCACAACAUCUUUCUAAAUUGAUUUCAAUUGAAGGAAUUGUCACUAGAGCAUCCUUGGUAAGACCUAAAGUGAUCAGAUCGGUACAUUAUGCCGAGAAAACCAGUAGAUUCUACGCGAGAGAAUACCGGGACCAAACCACUUCAUUUGACCCCAUCAGCACCGCUGCUAUCUAUCCAACGGAAGAUCCAGAUGGGAAUAAAUUGACCACAGAGUAUGGAUAUUCAACCUAUAAAGACCAUCAAAAGAUUUCCGUUCAAGAAAUGCCAGAACUGGCCCCAGCGGGGCAAUUACCUCGUUCAGUGGAUGUCAUCUUGGAUGAUGAUUUGGUCGAUUUGACCAAACCAGGAGAUAGAGUACAAAUCGUUGGGGUUUAUCGAGCCUUGGGGGCCGCAGGAAACAAUUCUUCCUCUUUCAGAACCGUCAUUUUGGCCAAUUCAGUAUACCCACUCCAUGCCAGAUCCACUGGGGUGGCUUCACAAGAAAAAUUGACUGAUCAAGAUAUCCGAAACAUUAAUAAACUUUCAAAAGACAAAAAGAUCUUUGAUACCUUGGCUACAUCGUUAGCACCUUCAAUCUAUGGGUUUGAACAUAUCAAGAAGGCUGUGUUGCUCAUGCUCUUGGGAGGGGUCGAGAAGAACUUGGACAAUGGGACCCAUUUGAGAGGUGAUAUCAAUAUCUUGAUGGUUGGUGAUCCAUCGACUGCCAAGUCACAAAUCUUGAGAUUUGUACUUAAUACCGCGUCUUUGGCCAUUGCCACCACCGGUAGAGGUUCCUCUGGGGUUGGUUUGACCGCAGCAGUGACCACAGAUAAGGAAACUGGAGAAAGACGGUUGGAGGCUGGUGCCAUGGUUCUUGCCGAUAGAGGGAUUGUUUGUAUUGAUGAAUUUGAUAAAAUGUCUGAUGUCGAUAGAGUGGCCAUUCAUGAAGUCAUGGAACAACAAACAGUCACCAUUGCCAAGGCAGGGAUCCAUACCUCAUUGAAUGCACGUUGUUCAGUCAUUGCCGCCGCCAACCCAGUGUUUGGACAAUAUGAUAUCCAUAAGGAUCCUCAUAAGAACAUUGCCCUUCCAGAUUCUCUUUUAUCUCGUUUCGAUUUAUUAUUUGUUGUUACCGAUGAUGUUCAACCAACCAAGGAUAGAAUCAUUAGUGAACAUGUGUUAAGAAUGCAUAGAUUCAUUCCUCCUGGGUUACUUGAAGGAGAACCAAUCCGUGAAAAGAGUAACUUAUCAUUGGCUGUAGGGGAUGAUGCCACCAAUGAACAAGAAGAAUUAGAACAACCAAUUUUUGAAAAAUUCAAUUCUCUUUUACAUGCGGGAGUUAAAGUAUCUGAAAAGAAAAACAGUCCAACAAUUCUUUCAAUUCCAUUUUUAAAGAAAUAUGUACAAUAUGCCAAACAAAGAAUAAAGCCAGUAUUGACCAAGAAGGCCUCGGAUUACAUUGUUGGGACCUAUUCAGGGUUGAGAAAUGAUUUGAUUGAUAAUAACCAAAGACACACUGCCCCUAUCACGGCCAGAACUCUUGAAACUUUGAUUCGUCUUGCCACUGCACAUGCUAAAGUCCGUUUAAGUAAGACCAUUGAUGUGAAGGAUGCCAAGAUUGCUGAGGAACUCUUGAGAUUUGCCUUGUUUAAGGAAGUUACCAGAAAGAGCAACAAGAAGCAAAAAGUGGCAGUUGAAAGUGAGGAUGAGGAAGAAGAAGAAACGUCAGAGGAAGAAGAAGAAGAGGACUUGGAAUCGGUUGGACCUAGACCAACCACAAGUAGAACAAGAGCAAUCACAAGAGCUAGAGAGCAACAGGAGGCUGGAUCUCCAACCCCAUCCCCUCCAUCGUUCUCUCCAGAACCAGAAGAAUUGGAAGAAGAAGAAUUGGAAGAACAAGUUGAUAAUAUGCACAUUUCUCAACCACAGGCAACACAACCAUUGGCAGAAAGCCAGCGAGUCAACAGAGAUACCGCCAACAUUUCUGGUGAGAGAUAUUCUGUGUUUGUGAGUAACAUGGCUAGAGUGAUGCAAUCUGCAUUGUUUGAUAAUGAGUCUAGUGCGUGUGCCACGGGAGAGGUUGUAAGUGCAAUCAAUGACAAUUUGGAACAAGAAGAAAUCUUUGAAGAAGGUGAAGUACAAGCAGCCUUCCAAAGAAUGGAAUCAGAAAAUAAGAUUAUGGCAUCAGAGGGUAAGAUUUGGAAGAUUUGAUUUAUAACGUGU